CUCCCCUCUCUCUCUUACGCUCUCUCUCUCUGUCUCCCUCUCCCUCUGUUGUGUGUUCAAACUCUGCAUCAAUGUUCAUUGAACGUGUUAUAACGGUGGAGUAUCUAGAGCCCUCCAUGUCUCGGGAUCUUCUCUGCAAAUUCCCGGACACAUCUCCCUUUGAUUUCGACUACCAUCAGAGCGGUAUCUGGUCUCCAUUACUCCCCCGCCACAACCAUUCCUUGAUUUCGAUCGACUGUAUUCCUUUCGCUGAAAAGCGGAGAAAGAUUGGAGAUGGGUCGCAGAAGAUGCUGCAAGAAAAGCUCAAGAAGGCGAGUGUAAAGAUUCAGAAGGCGUUGAAGAUGACGGUGUCUAAUAGCAAUAAGAAGAAGAAGAAGAAGAAGCAGACCUUUGAUUUCUCUCCCACCCCUGUUCAGGGUUCAGCUCCUCGGAAGGGAUGGUGUAAGGUAUUAAGAGCUGCAUCAAAACGCUUCAAGAAGCACAAUGGAUCUUCAUUGCAGCUGAAAAAGCUCCCAACUAUCUGAGAUAUAUUGUAGCAAUUCUCUAUUUUGUAUUAUUUUCCACUUUCUUAGACUCACCUUGGAACCCAGUUGACUCGGCUGAGUCAGGUUCAAUCCGAGCGCACCUCGACCUAGUCACCCUGUCGUGACCAGGCCUAGUGGACUGCCCAAAUCUUGGUUAGACCUGCGGGGUUGGUGAACUAUGUUGUAGCUAUAUUAGAGUGUCUGUAGUCUCUGCAGUGUAUUGCUUUGAGCUUUAUAAUUAAGGAGAAAUGAUCACAUACAUACAGCACCUGUAUGUGAACUUGACAAUC